AUGCUGUGUGAGAACAGAGACGGGAACAACAGAGUUCUUCAACAUCAUGACGGGUGUCAGACAGGGGUGCAUUUCACGCCUUUUUUAUUCCUUAUGGUAGUAGAUUUUGUAAUGAGGAAGGCUACAGUAGAAGAUGGAACCGGUGUGAAAUGGGUAAACGGUAGUGAACUGAAUGAUCUAGACUUUGCAGACGACAUCGCCUUGCUAGCAAAGGAUGAAAAUGGUCUACAACAACUAACGUCCAAUCUGGAAAUAGCAGCUUGCAGAUUUGGAUUGAGAAUUAGCACUGAAAAUACCAAAGUGAUGUACGUGGGAGCUAGAAACAUUACACCAAUAAAUGUUGGGACUGAACCAAUUGAGGAAGUAACGCGAUUCACAUACCUAGGAAGCCUGAUAACCAAGAAUGGUGAUGCUGAAAUGGAUGUCAAAAGCAGAGUCGAGGUGCCUACGCCGAAUAAUGAAGAUCUCAUACAGAGACCAUAUCAUCAAUGA